AGCCGGAGCCGAGCCCCAGCCGCCGCCGCCGCGCCUCCCUCGCGUCUCCGCCCGGAGCCCGGCGCCGCCACCGCCCAGCCGCCCCCGCCGGCCGCCAGCUGACGCGGGCAUGAGUGUGUCCCGCGGCCCCGCCGGCUCGGGCCUCGGAGCGCAGUGGUGAGCGGAAAGAGCUAGAACAAUGCUGAGGUAGGCCAGGUGAGGAGAGCCCGGACAGACCCAACCCGACUGAGCAGAGCGUCUGGAACAGGUGAUCGGAGGAGCCAAAGGCCAGGCCACCUGGGCGCCCCUCCCAGCCUCCUGGGCCCAGCCCCGCAUCCCAAACACGGCCGGGCAACCAUGGCGACCAAUUUCAACGACAUCGUCAAGCAAGGCUACGUGAAGAUGAAGAGCAGGAAGCUGGGGAUCUACCGGAGGUGCUGGCUGGUGUUCCGGAAAUCCUCCAGUAAAGGGCCCCAGCGGCUGGAGAAGUACCCAGAUGAGAAGUCGGUGUGCCUCCGAGGCUGUCCCAAGGUGACUGAGAUCAGCAACGUCAAGUGUGUCACCCGGCUCCCCAAGGAGACCAAGCGGCAGGCAGUGGCCAUCAUAUUUACUGAUGACUCAGCGCGGACCUUCACCUGUGACUCAGAGCUGGAGGCAGAGGAGUGGUACAAGACCCUGUCUGUGGAGUGUCUGGGGUCACGGCUCAAUGACAUCAGUCUGGGAGAACCUGAUCUUCUGGCUGCAGGGGUGCAGAGUGAGCAGACAGAUCGUUUCAACGUCUUCCUGCUGCCCUGCCCCAACCUGGACGUGUACGGCGAGUGCAAGCUGCAGAUCACCCACGAAAACAUCUACCUCUGGGACACGCACAACCCCCGCCUGAAGCUGGUCUCCUGGCCCCUGUGCUCCCUGCGCCGCUAUGGCCGGGACGCCACACGCUUUACCUUCGAGGCUGGCCGGAUGUGUGAUGCGGGAGAAGGGCUCUACACCUUCCAGACACAGGAGGGGGAGCAAAUCUACCAGCGGGUUCACAGUGCCACCCUGGCCAUCGCCGAGCAACACAAGCGCGUCCUGCUGGAAAUGGAGAAGAAUGUGAGGCUGCUAAACAAGGGCACUGAACACUACUCGUACCCCUGCACACCCACCACCAUGCUGCCCCGCAGUGCUUACUGGCACCACAUUACGGGUUCCCAGAACAUUGCCGAAGCCUCAAGCUAUGCAGGUGAGUCUCUUGUACCCAACAUUGGUAGAGGGCAAAGGCCUCCUGGGCAGGGCUCUUCUGCCCUGGUAUGGAGUUCUGAGCCUGCUUCUGUGCCCACAGGUGAGGGGUAUGGGGCGGCCCAGGCCAGCUCAGAAACAGACCUCCUCAACAGAUUCAUCUUGCUAAAGCCAAAGUCCAGUCAAGGGGACAGCAGCGAUGCCAAGACCCCCUCACAGUGACAGCAGGGCUGGUGGGCAGCGAAGACUGCUAGGCCACUGAUUACAGGGCUGGCUGCAGCCCCCUGUGGAGAGCUUCCCGGGGUUGUUGGCCAAGAGCCUGAGAAGGGGAGCCAGGAGCUCCCACCUCACCCCUAGGGUGAGGCUGGACCAAGGAAAAGGGCUGGCCAUACCACUUGAGCAUGUGAGGGGCUGGAGCUACCAUGAGACUAUAUACUUUUAAGGAUUUUAAUAUAUAUGGCUUAUGACAUUCUAUAUUAAUGAGAUUUCCCCCUCUACCCUUCCCCACCAACACACAUUCUUUAAGCCCAUGACCAGACCAUGGUCAAAGCUGUUUUUGAGGGCAGCUGUGUCUGUCCUCCACGGUACCUAUCACUGCCGCCCAGGACCUGAUGGAGCUGCUGGGACCAGGGAGGCGACAAUCAGAACUCAAAGCUGGCACUGCCUACUGGCUUUUCCUAAGCAGCCCAGGGACCAAUACAGCAGGUGGCUUCUGUUCCUUCUGUUCCUCUGGCCUCGAGUGGCACAGGAAGGCUUUGACUUCCGUUGUGCCACUUAGCAGCUUUGCACUUGGAGUUUUAAGCAGAGGUGACAUCUGGUUGGGCCUCGUUAUUUCUGCACAGGCUCCUUCCUGCUCAGUAGGCCAAGAUGCCCUGGGGGAAGGGGUGCCAAUUACCUCAGAGGUGCACGAUGACUGGGGCUUGUUCCUGCCCGGGCUGGGCCAGGCAGGAAGGCCACAGCAAGAGUGCUAUGGGGAGCAGUCCUGCUGCCCCCUCACGGGCAGCGGUGGACAGCACCCCAAGCAGAGUCCCUUGCCCUGGGCUUGGUCAUCCUGUGCUGGAAAGCUCAGAAUCCAGAGACUCUGCUAUCUCCUCCCUACAUGGUGCUGAGGCUCCCUGCUGAAAUGCAAUUAAAGCAAUUGAUUUUC